AUGACAGCCGAAACCACUGUGAAAAGCUCACCGUUUGGCCCCAAUAUCAGAGUUGCUGUCAUCGGUGCUGGAAUAAGCGGCAUCUCUACAACAGCCCACCUCCUGCGACAAGGUGUAAAUAUCACGGUUUUUGAAAGAUCAGGGGGGCCAGGCGGGAUUUGGAAUUACAAAGAAACCCCUUCGCCGGGCCCAAGCUACCCGAGCGUCCGCCCGUCUGCCGACGAUUAUGGCAACUUGACCCCUCGUCUUGAAAGGGCCGGGAAGAGCAAGUUCUCCGCCGGCAAGGAUACCUUUUCCAAUGCUCACGAGUUCCGAAAUGGAGAGUCGUUCUUCGCACCGUCUAGCGCGUGCUAUGCGGGUCUAUACACAAAUAUUCCUACAAGUCUCAUGUAUCCUAGUAUAAAAUCCUGGCCAGAGGACACUCCUAAUCUAGUCCCGCACUCGGCCGUCAAACGCUUUCUGCAAGAACUCAGCUCUGAAUCUGGUGUGGCUCAAGUCACGGAAUAUUGGACCAGAGUGGAGAGCGCGGUCAAAAGUGAGGAUGGGCAGGGCUGGCGUCUGACGACAAAGACGUUAGUUACGGACGGAGCCUCAAAUGAAGUUGUUGACAAAUCUUGGGACUUUGACGCGGUGGUGGUAGCUUCUGGGCACUACAAUCUCCCUCGCGUUCCCGAUAUUCCAGGACUUACAGAGCUGAAAGACCUUUAUCCGGAUCGUGUCAUACACUCGAAGCAGUAUAGACAACCCGAGGCUUAUCGAGACAGUUCCGUUUUGAUCGUGGGAGGCGGAGUUUCUGCGAUGGACAUCAGUCGAGAACUGUCGCACACCGCCGCUAGCGUUAUCCAAAGCACUCGUGGCGGUGAUUUUGAUCUUCCUGAGAGAUUGAUCUCCAGGUCUGUUAGGCGCGUUGCGGGCAUCACCAAGCUCUCCUCGGCAACACCUUUGGUUGACUCAGGUCAGGGGUAUCAAAAGGGUGCUAUCAAUGUUACGCUGAGCGAUGGAUCCGAACUGCGAGGUCUUGGUCAUGUCAUCUUGGCGACCGGCUACCUCUUCUCAUUUCCCUUUCUACCUCAAUUUCAUUCCGAUGAAACGCCCGCAACGUCUGUCGAGCCAACGACACUGGUCGGGGCGGAGGGCGACAUGGUUCACAACCUAUACAAAGACAUGUUCUACAUCGACGAUCCAACGUUGGUCUUUGUCGGCCUGCCGUACCAUGUUGUCACGUUUUCCACGUUUGAUUACCAGGCGCAAGUUGUUGCACAGAUCCUGUCUGGGCUGUCAUCUUUGCCUAGCGGUACACAAAUGCGGUCAGAGUACGACCAGCGAGUGAAGGCGAGCGGUUUUGGCCUCCGAUUCCAUAGCCAGGGCGAGGGGGAUGCUGAGCUGAGAUAUGUGAGAGAUUUGAUAGAAUUGGUAUCUCGGGAGGACAAGCCACCGUUUAAACCUCUUCUGGCACCUAGUGACAAGUGGCUUAAGAACUAUGAUGUAUUUAAGACGGGAUUAAAGGGCUAG